UCUGUAUCCGAACGAGUUCGGAAUCCCAAUGUCCGAAGUAGUUAACCAGUUGCAGUUUGUUACAUGCAGGCUGAAUGACUGAACCGUACCUAUAUGAAGAAGAUUUACUGGUUGAUGCCGCAUGCGAUGCCGCAUGCGGUUCUGGGAAUGUUGAGCCUCCUAGCAAUAUCAUUCCGUGGGUGCCCCCUCGUAUAAGCGUGGACGCCACACAUUUAUUUACAACUGACCAGAUAUUUGAUACUCGUGAUGAGCUUGAACAAUGGGCUAAGAAUGUUGGAAAGGCGAAUGGUUAUGUGCUGGUGAUUGCAAGGUCUGACUAUGCUAUAAGUGGAGGAAAGGUAUUUGUUACUAUUAAGUGUGCGAAGCAUGGUAUUUACAGGCCAUACAAGGACCCGAAUACAUUCAAGUACAAAAAGACCGCAUCACAAAAGACUGAUUGUAAGUUUAAUCUCAAAGGACGACCUACGAAGGGUGAUAGAAUGUGGUGGCUGAAAGUGAUGGAUGGUAAACACAACCAUGAACCAGCUAAAUCACUAGUUGGACACCCCUACGUUGGUCGACUAACAGAGGAAGAGAAGGGGCUUGUGGGCACCAUGACUAGUACUUGGACCACCGAGACAAAUACUAGCGGCAUUGAAGGAAAACAAUCCAAGUAA